UAGGUGACGCUAACGCAUAUUUGAUGUUGUUAAUUAACUUUGGCUGAAUAGUAAUUAGACACAGGAAGCCCGUAAGUUAGUGUUGCGUGACACUCAGGCAGACAUGAGUCAGAUCGAGAAAGGAAUCUUAGAGAGGCUCGAUGCCGGUGAGAUAAUUAUUGGAGAUGGUGGGUUUUCCCAUGCUUUGGAAAAUCGUUGUUAUGUCAAGGCGGGAGACUGGACACCAGAAUGCGUCAUCGASUUCCCAGAUGCAGUUAGGCAGCUUCAUCGUGAGUUUCUUAGAGCAGGAUCGGACGUGAUGCAGGCCWUUGCUUUCUCUAAGAUAGAUGGACAACUAGAUAUAGAUGGCAAAACAUAUCAGUGGCAAGAUAUCAACAAGGCCGCCUGUUCAUUAGCUAAUCAAGUAGCAGGCGAAGGUGUUCAUGCCCUCUCUGCUGGCUCGAUUUGUCAAUCAGGGAGAAUGUAUCGAUAUGGCAAAACCACUAAAGAACAAUUACAACAAAAGUUCAGAGAGCAAGUCAGAGUCUAUGUGGAAAAUGGCGUGGAUUUUUUUAUCGCUGAGUUCUUUGAGUAUGUAGAAGAGGCUGAAUGGGCGCUUGAAGUCAUUAAAGCCAGCGGUAAACCUGUUGCCGUAACCAUGGCGAUUGGACCAGAGGGAGGAUUAGAUGGCGUGUCACCRGGAGAGUGCGCAGUUCGUCUCGUUCGUGCAGGAGCUGACAUCGUARGCGUAAAUUGUCGCUUUGACCCAGAGAUUUCGUUAAAGACAAUGAAAGAAAUGAUAGACGCGGUAAAAAAACAAGACCUUAAAGCUCACUUUAUGGUUCAACCAUACGGCUACUGGACUCCUGACGCUAACUCGCUGGGUGCUUAUGGUCUGAGAGAAAUACCUUUUGCUUUAGAGCCUCGUGUGUUGACGAGAUGGGAUUGCCACAAGUAUGCUCGCCAAGCAUACAAUAUGGGAAUACGAUACAUUGGAGGAUGUUGUGGAUUCGUUGCGUAUCAUAUUAGAGCCUUAGCUGAGGAGCUUGCAAAUGAACGUGGACGUCUUCCUCCUGGAAGUGYUAAACAUGGGCUAUGGGGGGAGGGGCUAUCCAAUUAUUCUGAUGCUCACAUGAAGAAAAAAGCGAAUCGAGAGUUUUGGGAGAACCUCCAUCCAGCGACUGGUAGACCAUUUUCACCUGCGCUYUCAACUCCAAUGACAGAUCAACAAACGAUGAUGCAACAAAUGAAUAUGACAAAAUAGUUUUUUAUACAAUUUCUAGAAGAAACUUAAUAUCGCCUGAUAUACGGACAUUUAUCGGAUCGAACCAAAUCAUUGUGCAUUAUCAAAGUGUAUGUAAACAAAGAAAAUUAGAAACAAUUCAUACAACUUUCAAUUUAUAUAAAAAGUCAGCAAUAACUUAACAAGAUUUCUAUGUAUGUA